AUGGGGACUGGUCAAUCUACACUGGAAUCAGCUUCGACAUACAUACAAAGAGCCGCCAUUAUCAUGUACUGCUUGAUAUUUAUAGUUGGAACUCUGGGCAACGCUCUGGUUAUCUACGUGACUGGAUUCAAAAUGAAGAAAACUGUAAACUCAAUUUGGUUUCUUAACUUGGCCAUAGCUGACUUCCUUUUCACAGCCUUCCUGAUAUUCUCAGUCAUUUCUCUCUCUCAGAGUCACCAGUGGCCUUUUGGACAAUUCGUGUGCAAGCUCAACAACUUUGUGAGUUUAGUCAACAUGUUUGCCAGCAUCUUUACUCUGACAGCUAUAAGUUUGGAUCGUUGUUUGUCCAUCUGGGUGGUGGUGUGGGCACACAACAAGCGCACAGUCUGCAAAGCUCGGCUCAUAUGUGCUGGUAUCUGGGUGACUGCUGCGAUCUGCAGCACUCCUUAUGCCACUUUUCGCACCGUGUUAGGAGAUAAUGGGACAUAUUACUGUGGUUAUUCUAUGACACAUGAACAAAAAUGGAGUCUCCACAUUUUUCGCUUUCUUAUGGGCUUUGUGAUCCCAUUCCUGGUAAUAGUCAUCUCUUAUGUGGCCAUAGGGAUCCGUGCAAUGCGCAUGCAGAGAACAAGGAGAAGGAGAUCUCGCAGAAUCAUUUUCUCCAUCAUUUUUGCAUUCUUCAUCUGCUGGUUACCCUUCCAUAUUUUUAACUUUAUAGAAUUAAAGGCUGUGAAUAACCCAGACCUCAGGAACAUUGUUAGAAUCAUGGGUCCUCUGACUGUGAGUCUGGCUUUUCUGAACAGCUGCCUGAACCCCAUCCUCUAUGUUUUCAUGUGUGAAGAAUUCACGAAGAAGCUUCGGCAGUCCAUAUGUUUUGUACUUGAGAGUGCUCUGGCAGAGGACCACGUGUCAUUUAUCUUCACUCACUCCAUGUCAUCAACAUUUUCAAGGAUUUCCCGAAAGUCAGACACUGCCACGACUUUAGAGAAGCUCAACCCAGCUGCUUUUGAAUCCUGCACAGAAAGCAAAGUAGUCAUCACUGAAAAGACACUUAGCACUUAAUAAGAUCUCACCAAUAGAUGAUGAAAUAAAUCAAUAAUGCAAGAUGUUCAUCUCAUCUCUUUGAAACAUACAGUAUAAUGUUGGUACCCUGGCUCUGAUUAUUAUGGGUGUCCUAUAAGUCUGUUGGGGUAAGGCACAAUAUAAUUAUGCAUGAAACCAUAAUCCAAUCAAAUCAGUCGGAUUAAGUUCUUGAUUAAUCAAUUAAUGUAACAUAUAACACAAGUUUUUUAAAAAGAAAAUAAGACUUCUAUACUGUGGUUUUGAAGGUCUUGGAUUUCUAUCAUUUGAAUGUCAAAAUUUUUACAUCAGUUUUAUAUUUGUAUAUAUAUAUCUACAUUUUAUUGCUCCAGCUUCUUUAACCAUGUAAAUCACUAUCAACAUCUAUAAAACUGUGACAAGUGACUGAACAGUGA